UACCCGGUUUUGUUCACGCUAUUGUGUUUGUGUCACUCCGUGUUACUUUAUGGUUGUCCAGUCAAAAAGAAACACGUGCAUUGUGUUUCUAAUCUAAUCUCUCCUGGAUUAUUUUCAAGAUAUUCCUAUUCAGAUGCAUGAGCGGGGCUUUUCUUUUCUCCAUGUUUAGAGGGUUUAAAACGCAUAAUUGUAAUACUUUAUUGAUUCGGUUUUGAAGAUUCCGUGCUAAAUACUGCUUAAAGAUUUUAAACUAGCAACAUCACAACAGCUCAUGCUACAGCAGGCAUGCUAGCACCUAUUAGCAACCUAGCCGUGUGAACGCUAGUUCGUGUGGGUUUUCAUGAGACUGCAUUGCUAAAACAAUGGACGAUUCUGGCAUCAAGAAGCAGAACUGGGACGUGAAGGAAACGGAGUUGUUUCUGGAAAUUCUCAAGGAGCUGGACAUGAAGAAGUGCUUAGACGGAAGGAAAGUGAGGAAUAACAAACUGUUCAAAGUGGCACACAGAAGAAUGACAGCGGCUGGUUAUCACAGAUCCGUGGACCAAUUAAAGUUUCGCUGGAAACUUCUCAAAAGCGCAUACUACAAGUGCAAGCGAGAGCCCGACUCCCCAGCCCCAAAUAAAAUACAGGGCUGGUGGCGCUAUGAAAAGACGAUGGUCGCUAUUAUGGAGUCCAGACACCCUCUGGUGGGACCCGGGGUUAACUCUGACAGAAACGACGAGGUGACAGAAGAGUCAGAUGGCGAAGCAUCAGUACUACACUGGCCGCAGCCCUGCCCGGACAAUACCACCCAGAACCUGGAUUUAAUUGGAAACCAGGCUGUGGCAGCAUUUUACUGGAGGAGGGAGGGGAAUCUGAUUACUGACCACCUGUCAACUAGGAUUUAUCAUAUAUGUAUCAAAAUGGACCCUGAGAUGGACUCUCAGCUUAAGAUUGGCUUUAUCGGUGCAGGGAACAUGGCGUUUGGCAUCGCCAAAGGCAUCUUAUCCGGAAAUGUCCUUCCUGCAAACGUCAAAGUUAGUGCACCAUCCUCAAGGAAUCUGGGACGCUUUCAGGAGCUGGGCAUUGCUGUAACUCACUCCAACAUAGAGGUGGUUUGUGGGUCCGAUGUGGUCUUUGUCGCAGUCAAACCUCACCUGGUUCCGCUAGUUCUCAAGGAGGUCACACAACACGUCACUGGCAGACACAUGAUUGUAUCUGUUGCAGCAGGAGUAACACUAGCAACGUUAGAGGAGCUCCUUCCUGAGAACUCUGUUGCCAUCCGGCUGAUGCCAAAUCUACCGUGUUUAGUUCAGGAAGGUGCUCUCCUGUUUGCUCGAGGAUCACACGCAAAACAGGAGGACGGCGCACUACUUCGUUCCUUGUUGCAUCGCUGUGGUUUGGUGGAGGAGGGACCUGAAGCCUGGAUUGACAUCCAUACUGGGCUGAGCGGGAGCGGAGUAGCCUUUGUGUAUCUUUUUGCUGAAGCUCUGGCAGAAGGAGCUGUUAAAAUGGGCAUGCCAAGCGCUCUAGCCCACAGCAUUGCCUCUCAGACUGUUCUGGGUGCUGGGAGGUUGUUACGUGAUUCCGGGAAGCAUCCAGCUCAACUUCGCUCGGAAGUCUGCACGCCAGGUGGAACAACCAUAUAUGGGCUUCACACACUGGAACAAGGCGGUGUGAGGGCGUCAACCAUGAGUGCUGUGGAGUCCGCCACCGAGAGAGCCAGGGAACUCGGCCGAAAGUCAACAGCAGGGAGCAGAAAGUGAUGGACAAAUUUGCCUUUAAGAACUACUCAUUAGACUUUUAACUUGAUAAAUACCCAACAUGGAAACCUGAACUCCUCUUUUUUUUUUCUUUUUUUUUUUUUCUUCUUCUCUUCUCAUCACACUCAAAAAAAAAACCAAGUUGUCCCUUUUUUAAAUCACAUUUUCUCAUCUUCUUUCAGUCUCUGUAAGCUAAAAGUCAACAUUGGCUUAAUCUUAAAAUUGAUUCUGACAGUUUAAUAUUAGACCAUGACUUCUGUUUUUACAUGCACUCAAAUAACCCUGUCUUAUUGGAUUUGGAUGCAAGUAAGGUACAACCCAAAUUUGAUUGUACCAGUAUUUGUUGAUAUAUUCUAAUAACGAAAUGCUGAAUAAAUCCAACUUGUCACAUUUACUAAAAGUCACGUGAGACUCGAAGGUUGAAGGAGAGGCUAAACGAGUAGAAAAAAAGCUGUUAUGCAGACCAUAUUGUUAAUCAUCACUACAGAAGCCCCUGUUAUGAACAUCUUCAUUGCUGUACUGCCUUACUGCUCUUGAUUGGAUUGUAAUGUAGAGUCAGUGGAUCAUUUUAAUCUUUUAAAUUAUUAUUAUUGUAUUUAAUAUGUUUGGAUAAAGCAUACGUCUAAAUUUUAGGAUAAGAGUAAUCACAUUUGUGUGGCUCCAGUACAAUGAUAGUGUCCCAAGUAUAGCUACUGUAUGGUUGUGUAUAACAUGGUGUAUGGGGGAAAAAAAAUGGUUCUAAUUUAAAAAUAAGUAUCAAUUUUCAUAAAGUGUGAUGUUAUCAGGUUGUGUUCUUUAUUUUUCUGUUAGUUUUGGAGUCUUGAAAUCAGCUAUUAGCUGACAGCUCAGACUUAAUUUCUGCCCUUUAAUACAAAAGAUAACAAGCCACUGCAACAAUGAGUCAGUUAGCCUAGAAAGAAACAUUAAUAGGCAGCCAUAUGGAUAAAUCAUUUAAGAUAAAUUCGAUAAAUUCUUCUUAUAAUUUGUUUUGGGAAAUUAUACACUGAAUAUUGUUAGAUCUGAAGUCAGUGGUCAGCCAAGAAUCUGACUGACAAUGUAUUACCCUUUGACUGCGGCCUGAUCCACAAAGCAUGUGCUGUGGGUGUAGAAGAGGGUGGACAAUUUGCUGCGUCUUAGGCCACAUGGAGCCCCUUCUCCAUUAGCAAGGUCGCAACUUGGACCUGAGGCCCACCUCUUCCUGCUCCAGGAGAGGUGGGCCGCAGUUGGGAAUUCCUCUGAAAAAGCUUGAGUUUGCAUUGAGGGAGGAAAGGUCUGGUCUCUUUAUAGACUGCAGCCCAGACCUGUGUACACAUUAAAAAAUGAAUGAAUGGGUGUGUGUGGAUUGAUGGACAAAGUCAUGAGUUCACUGAUAACAAAAGGCACCACAAAACUAAUUGUAAUCUUGAAAAAUAAAACAAGUCCAUUUAGUACCUUUUCUGGCCCUGAAUAACAUUACAUAGUUCAUCUGCCAGUGCGUCAUAUGAGUCAAAAUUCAAGACUGUUCACUUGAACUGGCUGAACAAUAGAAAUAAAAAGUUCAGAGGAUUUGAAAUCUAGAUCAAAGAGAAUGAAACAGUUUUUUUUUGUCACUGAUUUGUCUAUAACAGCAGAUGUAAAUAAUUUAGAGACUUACAAUAAUAACUGAGUGAAGGUAUCAUAAACAGUAAAGCCUGUCAUACUAAGACAGCGGUUGGAAAUUAUGAGGUGUAGCUUUAAACUGAGUUGUGACCUAAUUUGGUGAGAUGCAAAUACUCCAGUGUCACAUUUAUUCCAAUUUUAAUAUAUCAAAACGACAUGACAUUCAACACAGAGCAUGAGGCAACAUUAAUGAUUCAUACCUUCCCUCCCCCACCCGCUAAGAUCACACAAUCACCGCUGUUCCUUGCUUCCUCUCCGCUUCCUCUUCUUCCUCCUUCCCGCUGUCAUUCACGACCGGAGAAACACGUUUUAUCCGCUGGCCCGGCCUCACACCGACAAGACAAAAAAACCCCACAAUA